AUGACGCACACGACAACAGCUACCUCCACUUCCACUGCUUCGACGAUGGGUAAUGGAAAUAAAAAAUCUAAUUCAAGUUCAUUCUCGUCGAAUGAUUUACACGAAAAUUCGACAAAAGUCAACAGUAGUGACAUAAUAAAAUGGACACUAACAGAAGUACAAACUUGGGUCAAAGAACAAUGUAAAAAAUUUGAAUUAAAAAAGAGUACAGCUGAAAAUUUCCAAAUGAAUGGACAAGCUCUCUUGUUGCUUACUAAACAUGAUUUUAUUCGACGUUCACCACAUGGAGGAGAAAUUCUCUACUAUGCUUUACAACGACUUAUCACUCCAAAUAAAGCAGUAAAUCUAACUAACAUUAAUUCAAGUCCGUUAAGAAAUGGAUCAACUGAUGCACAUCCUCGAAUAGUAGAACUGAGUGAAGAUCAUGUCGAACAAAAUGGUGCAACACAUGCAUCCUCGCCACAACCGAUCGUUGAAGAGCCUGAUGACCCACCGGCAGUUCGAAGAUCAAACUCAGAUAUAGACCAAGCAAACAUUCCACAGACUGUUCUUACAAUGCAGGCUGGUACUGCUGCUGCCUUUUUUCAACUGCACCAUCAACAACAACAACAACAACAACAACAACAGUACCCGAAUACUUAUAUGUAUGCACAUCAUCAUCAUCAUCCGCAUAUGCAUAUGCAUCACCAGCCUGUUUUCUAUCCACCUAUGUUUCAACAAUAUUAUCCAAUGAUGUCUGCUCAAGGAAUUCUUAUCGAAAUCAUGGAUGAUGAAGAAGCUAAAAAUGCCAAUUCAAAUGAAGCCAAUGGGCCAACACAUGACACUAAUCAUGCUGCUAAAGAACUAUUAUUUAUGGUGACUGUGAAUGGCCAACGAUACAUCAUGAACGAAGCACAAGUUAUACAAUUAGUAACUGACGUUUAUCAGCAUCAAAAUUAUCAAGUACAGCUACAACAACAUCAACAGCAACAGCAACUUUUUCAACAACAGCAACAGCAAAUUUUUCAACAACAGCAACAACAACGAGUUUUUCAACAGCGUCAAAAUUUUCACCAAAAAUAA